CUGGACGGGCGUCGCUCUGGGGUCGGAAGUCGCAGACAUCUCCCCGGAUAUGGCUUGCUCUCUCCUGACCCGCCUCUCGGCCCGGCCCACCCGACGCUCCCGGCGUUCCCAGCCCCAGGGCCUCAGAGACUUCCUAGGGUUAGGACAACCGAAGGAAGGUCACUCGUCUCUCCCGGGCACAGCGGUUGCAUGGACUCCAGAUUGUGGCUGGAGACUGGGCAGAGAGCUGGGUCACAGCUCGGCUUGCAUUGCUCCUGUGCCCCAAGCUGGCCUCGUAAGGAGCCUGGUCCUCCUGAUAGAGUUGUGGAACGUAAUAAAUGGGAUAGUGAUGAUGACUUCCGUGACCAGGCCAGAAGAACAGGAACCAAUGAUGUCUGAGACUCAGGAUCAUCAGUUGCAAUCAAGUCUCAAGCCUUUGGAAGUGUUGCCUAACUCCUCUGACGCCCUGGAGAUGACUCAAGGCAUUGCAAAGGAAAAAAAUCACCUCGGCUGCAGCCACCCUGAAGAGGGGGAAAGUUGUGAUGACAACCAUCAGGAAGGACUUCAGUUGAGGUCAUUUCAUUUGUCCCCUCAAGAACAGUCUGUCCGUCAUCAAGACAGAAGGCAGUCUUGGCGACGAGCAAGUAUGAAAGACAUAAACCGGCGGAAGUCACUGGCUCCCUUUCACCCAGGCAUCACAGCUCUCAGCAGGUCCAUCAGUUUGAAGUUAGCAGAAAGCAAACGGCUUGGCGCUCUUCUGCUCUCCAGCUUCCAGUUCUCUGUUGAGAAACUGGAACCUUUCCUAAAGAGCACUAAGGACUUCAGCCUUGAAUGCUUCAGAGCCAAAGUAUCUUCUCUCUCUGAAGAAUUGAAACAUUUUACAGACAAGCUGGAAAGUGAUGGAACUCUACAAAAAUGCUUUGUUGAAGAUUCAAAAGAAAAAGCACCAGAUUUUUCACUUGAAACAUCAGUGGCUGAGGUGAAAAAAUAUAUAGCAAAAUUUUCUUUAGAACGUCAGACUUGGGAUCAGCUCUUACAACAGUACGAGAGGGAGAUUCCACCCGAAGAGAUGACCAGAGGAUCGACUCAAACCAAAAUCACUGAAGUCAAGGUGGAACCUACAACUUAUCUUGGGUCUUCCCAGAAGGAAGUCCUUAAUACAAAGCCCGACUACCAGGAAAUCAUACAGAAUCAGAACCGAGUGUUUGCCUGCAUGGAGUUAGUGAUGGAUGAGCUACAAGGAUCGGUGAAGCAGCUACAAGCCUUCAUGGAUGAAAGCACUCAGUACCUCCAGCAGGUGUCAGUACAGCUCAAGAAGAGAAGCAUGGAGCAAUUAGAUACUUCACCUGCUCGAAAACUGCUCAGACUGCACCUGCAGAAGUCAUCUACCACACAGUGAUCAGGAUCUCGUCAUCAUCGUCGUCGUCGUAGUUUCUGCUGUGAGCUGCUGGGGAGAGGCCAGGGAAGAGUGCCUCCGCAAAUGGCAGCCUCACAGUGGUUUCCUUAAAGCUGGGCAAUUCAACCGCAGAGCACUUUCACUGUUUGAGUGACAGCAUGUAUACAUCCAGAAGGAUGUUGUUAGAGACACUUUCUGUAGGGAUGUGCAAGAUGCUUGAAAUGACCCUCAGAACCAGUGGCCCAUUGCUUUAAAUGUCCUCAUGGUCAGCACUUUUUAUCCCAUGAAGAUUUGUCGAGUUUUAAAACAUCCCAAAGACAUUUAAAUCCAACCUUAAUGAAAUGUUUUUGGGGCCAAAUUGGGUUCUUGUCAUAAAAUAAUGAAGCUAAAGUUUUCGAGUGUGGCACUAAAGGUGGAGCUUAGAAUGUUGUUGCAUAAUGGGUAUAUCGGGUCACUUCACAAAAUGCCCAUUUUCUGAAGUAUCCUAAUGUCUGUAGUAUGCUUUAGUUUUUAAUAUUGAAUUAACCUCCUGCAAUCUAAA